AUGGCUCGCAUCCUGCUCGCCGCGUUAGUGGCGUUGCUCCUCGUCGUCUGCCCGUGCCACGCAAGGCCGGCGCCGCACCAGACUUCCAAGCUGGCAGCGAAAGAGACGGCGUCGGUGGACGGCGUCACGGCCAUCUACAACUUCGGGGACUCCCUGUCGGACACCGGGAACCUGCUCCGCGAAGGCGGCGCCACCGGCAUGCUGCAGCACACCACGAGCCUUCCCUACGGCUCCGCCAUCGGCGGCGCCACGGGACGGUGCUCCGACGGGUACCUCAUGAUAGACUUCCUCACCAAGGAUCUCGGCCUGCCGCUGCUCAGCCCGUACCUCGACAAGGGCGCCGACUUCACCCACGGUGUCAACUUCGCCGUCGCCGGUGCCACGGCCCUCGACGCGGCGGCGCUCGCUAGCAGAGGGGUCUCUGUCCCCCACACCAACAGCUCCCUGGCCGUCCAGCUGCAGCGGUUCAAGGACUUCAUGAGCGCCACCACGCGGUCCCCGCGGGAGGUCCGCGAGAAGCUGGCCCGCUCGCUGGUCAUGGUCGGCGAGAUCGGCGGCAACGACUACAACUACGCCUUCUCGGAGAACAGGCCGGCGGCCGGCGGCGCGCACAACCUCUACAACUUGGGCCGCGUGGCGACCGGCGUGGUGGAGGCGGUGGCGCUGGUCCCGGACGUGGUGCGGUCCAUCACCGGCGCGGCCAGGGAGCUGCUGGACAUGGGCGCGGCGCGGGUGGUGAUCCCGGGCAACUUCCCGCUGGGGUGCGUGCCGAGCUACAUGGCCGCGGCGAACGAGACGGACCCGGCGGCCUACGACGCCAACGGCUGCCUCGCGGCCCUGAACCUCUUCUCCCAGAUGCACAACGUGCUGCUGCAGCAGGGCAUCCGGGAGCUGCGCCGGUCGUACCCGGGCGCCACGGUCGCCUACGCCGACUACUUCUACGCGUACGUGCGGAUGCUGAGGGACGCCGGCGAGGCGGGGUUCGACGAGGGGGCGCGGACCAGGGCGUGCUGUGGCGCCGGCGGCGGGGCGUACAACGUCGACAUGGACCGGAUGUGCGGCGCGCGGGGCACGUCGGUGUGCGCGAGGCCCGACGAGCGCAUCAGCUGGGACGGCGUGCACCUGACGCAGCACGCCUACAGGGUCAUGACCGACUUGCUCUACCACAAGGGAUUCGCGUCCCCAGCGCCGGUAGAGUUCCAGCGUCCUUGA